AUGGCACUCCGCAUAUCUUGUCAGCGCGCUGCAAAGCGUGCCACUUCCAUCACACCCGCCACAUCUGUCCUCUCAUCAUACAGCGCACAAUGGAGGAGAGGCAAUGCGACAGUUGCCCCCACGCAAGUAACGCCUGGCUCCAAGGGACCUACUGCUAUGGUCUUCAUGAAUAUGGGUGGACCAGCAACAACGGAUGAGGUUCACGGCUUCCUGAGCAUGUUGUUCGCCGACAAAGACUUGAUUCCCCUUGGGCCCCUCCAGAACUAUAUCGGACCCUACAUAGCGCGGAGACGGACACCGAAGAUUCAAAAGCAGUAUGCUGAGAUUGGUGGCGGAUCACCCAUCAGGAAAUGGUCAGAACACCAGGCCGCAGAAAUGUGCAAGAUCCUUGACAAGACCUCACCGGAGACCGCCCCUCACAAACCCUACGUCGCUUUCCGUUAUGCGAACCCUCUUACCGAAGACACAUAUAAGCAAUUGAUAGCAGACGGAUUCGGAGCAGGAAAAGGUGGUCGCGCUGUAGCUUUCACGCAAUACCCCCAGUACUCCUGCUCGACCACCGGCUCCUCGCUCAACGAACUCUGGAAAUGGAGGACAAGGCUGGAAGGCAAGCGCGCAAACGGAGAGACCGGUCAAGAGGUGGAGCCCGAAGGCGCUAUCAAAUGGAGUGUGAUUGACCGCUGGCCAGCACACCCAGGUCUAGUUGAAGCUUUCGCUCAGAACAUCGAGAAGAAGCUGGCUGAGUACCCCGCCGAGCGACGAGACGGCGUCGUCAUUCUCUUCUCUGCACACAGUCUCCCCAUGACCGUCGUUAACCGUGGCGACCCAUACCCGUCCGAAGUCGCAGCGACAGUAUACGCCGUUAUGCAGCGCCUCGGCAUGAAGUACCGGUACCGUCUCGUAUGGCAAUCGCAGGUCGGCCCUCAACCCUGGCUCGGAGCGCAAACCUCAGACACCGUCAAGGAGUACAUGAAGAAGGGACAGACAGACAUGCUCCUCGUACCCAUCGCUUUCACCAGUGAUCACAUCGAAACGCUAUACGAACUAGACAAGGAGGUCAUUGGCGAGGAUGCGGAAGGCCAUGAGGGUGUCAAGCGUGUCGAGAGCUUAAACGACAGCCCCGUUUUCAUCGAAGCACUUGCGGACAUUGCCAAGGCACAUUUGCAGAGCGGACAGGCGUGCAGCCCGCAGAUGAUUCUUAGGUGUCCAAAGUGCACGAGUGAGAGGUGUUUGGCACAGAAAGAGUUCUUUGCAGGUCAGACACAACACAUCGACCCUCCUACAGCAUAG